UAAAACCAUGCCAGAUGCUGUUACACUUUGUGGUAGGGCUGAUACUUCAGACAGGAUAUACAUCUCUCACUACUGUUCAUGAACACCUCUGCUGGACAAGCAGACAAGGGAAUUUCAUUUCAGAGACUUGAUCUACCAUUGGACCACAGCGGAUAUUUCCAGAUUACCUCACGUGACCACUGACAUCACAUGAUCACAGACUACAAGAAAUAUCACACCAUACUCUGACUGGCUCCAAAAACAAGUCUAAUAACACCCUCCCAACGCCCUCACCCUCAUCCAAACGUGACCAUAUAUCACAUCAGCUCACAGUGAUAUUCAUUUGUAGCAAAGCCUCCCAUAGAGAAAACAAAAUACUACACCAGGGAGACAAUUUUUGUGACAGUUCUUGCUGAUCCACAAGAUGGUGGGCCAACAACUGUUCAGAUACUUCAUUUGUCUCACAUUGUUUUUCAUUGGACUACUUCGACAGAGCUCUGGCUGUUCAUGUGUAAUAGCUCACCCUCAAGACAUGUUUUGCAAGUCUGAUUUUGCCAUAAGGUUUGUGGUGAACAGCUCAGAAACAAUGGACCAAGACCAUUUCAUGUACCACAUCUCACAGACAGUUGUCUACAAGAACACACUGGAAUUUGAGAAAGUACAAUCUAAACAUGUAUUGCAUACAGCUGGAUAUGACUCGAUGUGUGGAGUAAAACUGAAGAGCGGAGAGAAGUACUUUGCUACAGGUUUUGUGUCAGGCAGAAAACUAGCAAUAUCUUCAUGUGGUUGGGUACAAAAGUGGAAAGGGAUUCCCAUACGACAAAGGCGCUUGAUAAGAGGUGGAUAUAAAAAGUACUGUGGCAAGUGUAAGGUUAAACAAUGCUACGGUUGCAGCAAAACAGCUAAGCGUGUGAAAGAUGCUUGUAUAUGGGACAGCAUGUCCCCAGCUUCCCUCUGUUACUACCAAUACGCUCUCUGCAAAUGCAAGGCAGUUCCUUCAGGACAGCAGCGAUGUCGUUGGAGUUAUGGGCACAAAAAACGUGGAAAUAAUGACUUUAUUACAUGUUACAAGGACAUACAAAGAAACUAGUCUUGACCUUCCAAGGGAUGUGAUUUUGAUGAUAAUUUUAUCAUCUUCCUAACAUGGAUUUGUGAACAGCUGCUGUUUUGUUGUUUUUUGUAAAUUGUAUUCCUUACAAAAUCCUUUGUAUAUAGUCUGUACAACACAUACGCUGUAUUUCUUGGACCUUUUCACAUGUUUGCACAUUCUGAACGCAUUAUUCUGUGCAGAUAAAGUGAUGCUUUUGGUGAAGCCCUGAAAUUGGCCAAUCUAACCAAUGCAGUUUUGUCUCUAAAAUCAAAUUCAAAAUGUGCAUAAAUUGCACUGGGAGUUCCUCUCUCACAUGCGAAAAGGUUGAGGAAUUAGGCUAUAGAUAUACAUGUACCACCAUAAUUCUUUGUGUUGAAAACUGGUACUGGUGUGACCAGUAUGCCUUUCCAGAAGACCAGGCUUAUAGCUACUCUUACAACAUUACCUGGAUGCCUGACAACAUUCCUUUUCACAUCAUGCCAGUAGCAAGAUCUCUUUGCUUAGCAACAGCAAAGGGUUACAAGAAGGCAUCGUAGCCUUUGGAACACAUCCCCUUUUAAUAAUGAAAGACAAAAUGUGGAUAGAGACAAUUAUACUGUUAAGAGACAUUUGUCUGUUGUCUUAACAUACAUGUACACAAAUACAAGUAAUAUAUAUCUGGAAGCUCAACAGGUCACAGAAGAAAUAUUUAUCCAUACAAAAUGCAUAAAUGCAGAACACCCUACAAGCACACACAAUUCUUAAUUUUGAAAAACAGAAAUAUAUGCAGAACUAGGAAUACUGAAAAGUUUUACUUUGUAAAAUGUACAUGUACAUGUUUAAAAACUCUCAUGUAAAGUGAAGGUUCUUGACACUAUUAAAGUUUUCUUCUCCUUUAAAGCUAUAUGGAAUAAUGCAACUCUGUGAGGUUGGUUGUUAGGAUAGUUUAAUAUGGGCACCGUGGUUUCCUUUAUACCCAUAAACCUGGUGGCAGAAUUACCCAAUAUGCUUUUGCAUUAGAAUUUAUAUUUAAACCAGUGCACUUUAACUAGUCCAAAUGAGCUACAUGUACAAAUUUAAGCACUCCAUAAGCCAGCCCAGUGACUUUAGAAAAUGCAAUCUAAAUGACAUCCCAUCACAAUCUCCACAAAAUUAUGACUUUACCUAUUACUUAGUUUAAUGAUGUUUUUAAAUCCAAACAUUUUUAGACAUAUUAAAAAUUUAGAACUUUGGACAAUAGGAAAUAAUGAAGGUCUGUGGUUAGUCAGGAACAAAGGUGAUUAGGCAUCAUCAGUUCCUCUAGUGGCCAGUUCAAUACAAUUUUAACACACCCAGAUACAUGUACCAUGAUAACUUCAUGUGUGUAUAGGGUGACCUUGAAACACAUUUGGCAUCUACAAAAGUGAGAAAUAUCCAACACAUGCUCAUUUUUAUAUGGAAAAUAUGUUUCAAGAGUCAAAUGGAAUAAACAUUUGAAGACAAGUGGUUCAUCAUGAAAGCUGUUUGUGUUCUGAAUCAUUGUUAUUAUAUUCAUUUAAUUUCAUUUACAGUUUAAUAGUAAUAGCCAUACAAAUCUCAUGUGCAACUAUGCACACUUACUGAAUACAGAAUGGUUGCUGAUUCUUGGGUGAAGAUAGGCAAGCCUAGAUAAAGCUGAAUCCUAGGUCUGUAGAUUUAUGCAAACAUGAGAGGCAAUAUGCUGUUUUUUGUUA